UCACAGCCGGUAACAUCUCUCUCAGUGAACGACAUUGUACAUCAAGAUUUUCACAGAAUAAUACUGCAGUAAUCGUCACAUAGACCGCAAUGGUUUUACUUGUACAUAUAUACAGUAAAAAUAUAAAACAACAACAACAACAACAACAAAAUUAAUACAUCUACAGUAGCCUACAGUCGUGUUUACAUCACUGAUCCCUCACACUCCCGUAGACACCAUCGCUAGAAUAGUACUGUAGAGAAAAGCAAGUAUAUUUAUCAAACACAUACAUACAUACAUACAUACUCAGAAUACGUAUCAUGCGAGUGACACUUAAAAACGGUGUGAAAUAUGUCAUCUUUUUCAGCGGAGUCUCCCUCCUCCUCACACACCUGUUGAACAACGUUGAUCAUGAUAAGAACAAGAUCAAGCAGAUGCAGAGCGCACUGAGAAAUGUUGGCAAAGUUUGGUAUCAAAGUAAUAAACACGAUUUCGUCCUCCCACAUAAGAACCAAGAAAACGUUCACAUUCAAGUGAUACCAAAAAAUAUGUCUGAGGAAAUGGUACCACAGGAGAUAUAUGAGGUCGAAAAUGAUUUAGAACCUGAUCCUGAAGUCUUUACAGCCAUCGCCAUCACCAAAAAGAAUGCAAGUGAAGAAAUAUCCCAGGAAGAUCCAAGAAAAGAUCAAGAUGACUCGAAUAUUGAUGCAAAUACAAAAUUCUUCUUGGAAAGAGAGCAGGUUUACAGGAGAAGGUGGGCGCGGAUCAAGGGUGUGUGUAACCUGCUGAGAGGCGCGGGUUCAUAUGGCUCUCUAUCCGCCACACCACUCCACAGACUCCGCUGGCUUAACUCACACAAGCUGAUCAUGUGCUUCAACGCCAAGGUGGGGACGUCGACGUGGUUACAGUACCUGAUGGAGGCGGGUUAUCCUGGGGUCCUCCGUAACUCCUCCAACUGGCACCACACUGCCGAGAUUUACCUCAAGCCCUCACAGAAGCGCCUCAGCAAGAUCACUCUGGCCUUGAUGAAUCGGUACAGCAAGGUGAUGAUCGUCCGACACCCCUUUGCUCGUAUCGUCUCCGCCUACAUCGACAAGAUCGCCUCCAGUCCCUUCUCAAAGUUGUCUCGUUAUAUCAUCAAGAGGUACAGCCACCAGGAAUCCGGGCAAACUUUCAGAGCACCGAGCUUUGAGGAAUUUGUGCGCUACUUGGUGGAUUCCACGCCGGUGGAAGACGAUGUGCGAGUGAAGAAGAAACAUCGCACCAACCGGCACUGGUUCCCUUACUACGCUAACUGCGCCCCCUGUGAUAUCCAGUACAACGUCAUCGCCACCAUGGACACUGUAAAAGAGGACACCAGAUACGUAAUACAAAAACACAAGUUGGGUGUGACUAACCUGACCUGGAAGAACCACCGCGCCCCCACCUCCUCCGAGCAGCUUGCCCUCGAUCUCUUCAAGAAGCUGCCGACCAACCUGACGCUGGCACUCCACCAGAGAUAUCGCAUUGACUUCCUUAUGUUUGGUUAUGAUGUCACCUCCUAUCUUUCCUCUCCUAACUGACAAUCAUGACUUCAUCUCACACUCACUCACAAGAAUCACUUCCACAUGAGACAUAACCACACCUCCAGCAGGAAGUCACUGGUGUAUGCACUCAUUCUUACUCAAGUAUUAUUACUUCAUGACCUUAACAUCAGAAAUACUGUUUUCAUUAGUCACUCAGAUCAACAAGAUCUGGGUAAGCUGUGUUUCAGUGUGAGCCGUGAAGGUCUUAUGAUGAGGUAGGGAGAAUGAACACAACCGGAGCAAAAAACAUAUUGUUCUGCCAAGGCAAAAUUUAUUAUUAUAAUUUUUGUGAACUAG